GUCGCUUUCUUUCCGCCAUUACGCGAUAAGUUGUUUUGCAUGAAUGUAACAUGCGGGCGACGUGCUGUAAUAUUAUUUUUCUAAAUUUGCUGUAAAAAGUAAACGUCUUAUCGCACGUGAAACUUGAAGCAAUUUAUAAACAUCAACUUAUAACGUACGUUACGGAAUUGUUUAAAUUUUAUUGUUUAAUUUUGGCAAAGUGAGUUGAUAAAAUGUGGAAAAGAUUUGGAUACCAAAGCGAGUGGUAUCGGUGUCAAUGACAAUCUAUAACUAAUGUUGACGAUAUGCGGGCGGUUUUAACACCAAACAAUUGGGUUAAUGCAACAAACUGUUUUGGAUAUAAUUACAAUUUAUUGAAUCGGAAAAAGAAGCGCAACCUAAUAAACGUCCAUGUUCAGCAGUUAUAGUUGUUUUAUUUAGUUCCAGUUGUUUUCAUUAUAUAAUUAUUAUAGUUUCGUUCAUUAUAAAUGAACACCAAGCACAUACAUGAUCUAACUCUCCGUUUAUGUCAAGCGAUCGAUCAAAAUUAUGAAGUGGUUAACAUGGAAGCAGUCACGUCUGUUAUAUCCACCUUGGAGGGUACAAAGAUUACAAAAGAGCAAUUGGAGACCACCAGAUUGGCAAAAUUUAUCAACCACUUAAGGCGUCGUACCAAAGAUGAGCAUUUAGCACGCCGUGCUAAGUCUUUACUUAAGAAAUGGCGUGAAAUGGUGGGAAUACAACAGCAGCAGCAACAUGUUAAUGAUCCUACGCCUACCAACUCAUCGGCAACAUUGCCGUCUGUAUCUGGACACAACACUAGCUUAUACCAACAACAAAAACUCCGUUCGCAAUCUGUCUCUCCAGCAACAUCCUCAAUGCACUUCGAUGUAUUACAACACCAAUCACAUUCUAAUAGUAGUCAAAUUGUUGGUGUAUCUUCUACACCUACGGCCAUUGCAGAACAGUUGCCGCGCGUAACGAAUGCAAUUUCUGGUUCCCUGGCAUCAUUAUCUACAGCAAGCUCCAGCGCCUAUAAUACCAAUAAAAGAAUUGCAAAUAUCGAAAACCAAACUGAAAGAGCAUCAGGCGGUGCAGCCAGCCAUGUUAAAAAGCAGCCAACAAGUUUUGAGAAUGUGCUCGGUGGAUUUGGCGUUACGGACAGAAGUAAUGUGGAUAUAACAAGUGAUAAUUCGACGUAUCGCAAUAAGCUAAAUAAAUCUGUACAACAGCAUGUUGCCUCGCAAGAUGCAGAAACAUUUAUAAUUGAUCAAUCAUCGAAUUCAAAUUCUGAAAAGAGUUUGAUGCUUCCAUUGAAUAGUCGUCCGGCAAAUAUAGCUCCCAUUAUAAUUGACAUUCAGGAUUCGAAUUCGGGUUCAAAUCUAGUUAUUCCCAUAACAACUAAUAAACCAAUAUCCAAUAAACUACCGAUAACUGGACCAUUAAGAGCACAAUCAGUUAGUUUAGAUAGCAAACUCAAUACAGCGAUUUCGCCAUUAAAACAGAAAAAAGUAAAAAAAGAUAAACGACGUAAAGAAAGAAAUGAAUUCGAUAUUCAGGGAGGAAUUGAUGCCGUCGGCGAUUCAAAAGUUGCCACUGUUUUAUUGGAUGAAACGUCAUCGAACCAACAGCCUCGCCGGCAGCCUGGUGAAAGCGUUGAAAAAUAUACGUCUUUUGUAAAUGAAGAAAAGUCUCGUUUAGCAUAUCCAGAAAUUCUUUCUCUACUGGAUAACAGCUCCAUGAGCUCUAUGUUCCCUCCAGAAACCACUACACAUCCAAUUGAUGAACAAAAUAAGGUUAAUUUUUCCGCUAGUAAUAGCAGUCGUACGUCUUUUAACUUGUCGACUUCUGAUUUAACAUUUGCUGGUAAAUUUAAACCAAGUAGCACAUUGCUACCAACAACAUCCAGCAGCGACGCUGUUUUAUAUAAUCCCCAUCGUCGGACGGCUUCGCCAAAAAAUACGUCAAUGAACAACUUUUCAUUGCACUCCGGUCCUACGACGUCGAAAUUUACGCCAUUUCGCGAUGUGGGUUACAAUUCAAACGACAGCAAUUCCAACAGUCUAGCCUCACAUACAGAUCUCAUCGAUGUGGUUAGUAAUGAUAAAAUUUUGCAUGCGCAAAAAAAGCAGGAUAAUUUGAAUUUACAGCAUAGAGCUGCGCCAGCUAUAAAUGUGUUAACGCAAGCAGCGUCAGCUGCCAAUGUUCCUCCACCCAAAUUGCAAGCGUCAAGCAAUUGCGAUGCAACCUCAAAUGCACCAGUUUCGCCCGAGAAGAAAGUACCCAGAAAGCGUGGACGCAAAAAAGGCUCUAAAGGUGUUGACUCCAUCAUUGCAAAAGAGACUAGUCUCUCAUCACAAAUGCUCAUAUCAUCACUGGGCCUGGGCAAUAAAAAGGUGAAAACCACAAAAGAACUUUAUGCGGAAAUGCAAAAUCGCAAAUUGGGCAUACCGACCUCGUCGCCGUCACCGUCUUCAACUUGUUGGCAAAUGUCGCAUCAGCAGCAACAACAAUCAUCACGUCCAACAUCAUCUUGUUCAGAACCUUCAUUACAAUCACCGCAUACUUUUGAUGCCUGUUCCACUAAUGCCACUAUGUCUACGAUCGCCACACGUUCUACACCAGAAAAUUUCUUGACUAAUGCGCAUGCUGGCGAAUGUGAGACUACUAGCGAUACAGGCACUUCAGAACCCUCUCGUGAUAGCUCGGCAAUUCCGAAGCUCCUAAAGCGUUCACUUUCUAUUGACAGUAAUAGCAAUAUCCAGCAAGCGCCUGAAGUAAAAAUAAAUGCGAAUUCGCCGGCUGAGUGCAACAAAUCUAGUGAUACCUCAAACCAAAUUGCUGCUAUUGAGAAACAAUUGGUCGAGCUCUUAACGAAAUUGCCGCCUGUACCACUACCGAAUGCCAUUCAAUUGAAAUGCGCCGCAGAGUUAGUACCAUGCACGUGUAAAGUGAUUGAAAUAUCUCCAACUGAUAUCUCCGCUGAAAAUGAGUUAAAACAAGUUGCUGGUAAGGAAAAUGAGCAGGCUCCAAAUGGCCAUGAGCGCAUCGAACAGUUAGAUACAUUUAUAUCGAAGCAUGAAACUAAUGGCGAUAAGACGUUAGAUACAGAGAAAAACAUAUUGAAGUUGUUGCCAACGAAUUCGCCAUUGCCGCCAGCUGUACCGAAACCUAAACCAAAGAAAUCAAUAUUUGAUCUUGAUUUCGAUGAAGAUGAGGAUCCACUGCCUAAAAUAAUAGCAGAGGCCGCUGCAGCAAGUUUGAAAAAAGAACAGGAGAGAAUUACAGAAGUGAAAGAGGAACCGGAAAAUGACGAAACAACUGUCGGUGCGUUGCAACAGUCGCAAACAAACGAUUAUAAUGUACCAGUUGAGCACACUGUAACACAGUUGGUUGAGGAGUUUCCCAUGCCUAUACUACCCACGUAUGAAGUUGAAGAGGAUCCACAUUGUGUGGCAAAAGAACGCUUUGACUUACAAACGCAAAAAAUUACAAAAUUUCACAUUGAUGCCUUACAUAAUUGCUACAUACCGCACGUCAAUGGUAAUUGGGACGAUUCCAAUUACACAAUUGCCCAGAACAUGACACUAAAUGACAUUACCACCGAUGUCGAACAUGGUUAUGUAAUAACGGACGGUAGCAAUGUUGUACCAAAGUACGGUUCUCUUGCAACGGAACGCAUACCUAAAGAUUUAAGUCAUACAAAUUUGUUUGAAUUUAAUGCUAUGCCAAAAGAGACAACUGCGACGACGCAAAUGUGUACUAUACCAUUUCUCGGUGUAGCGCGUACGAUGUUAAGAGAUCGAUUUAAAUUAAAAACGCACAAUCACAAAACAUGCCAUAAAGCAAAAGUUACUUCAUUAGACGAGUGUGCGGGGUACCACAGUGGCGGUAGUGCAGUGGAAUAUAGGCGAACUGAAGAGUACAAGACUGAUGAAACCGGAAUUAGUAUCAGUGUCAUGACGCAAAACAUUAAACAAAUGGCAAACGAAAAUGUAACAGCUGACGACGUGGUAAGCGUUUCCAAAGGUUUAAAAGAUAUUUGUAAACAGUUAAAUGAUUCAGUGCAUGGUUUGACAAAACCUUACGACGUAACAGUUGAUGCAAUUGUUAAUAAAAAUAACAAUAACAACAAUAACAAUGUCAUGCUUAAAGACAUCACAAUUGAUGUAGACGGUCACGGCGCUGAUUUAUUUAUGACACAAGCAAAUGUAUUAAACGAGAGUGAACGCAACGGACAAAAUCUACUUGCUAUUGCUGAUCAUUUAGAUUAUAGCACAAAUAUAUCGGGAAACACGCCAUUGCCACAAACGAAUACAGUUGUCAUAUGCGAUAACAUGGAAGCAAACAAUAUGCCUCAAGUAGUCGAGGGUUAUAGUGAAGAGUGCAGGGCCACAGUUGACACAGCAAGCAACGCAUUCCUUGCUAACAUACUGCUGCCUGUAGUUGCUGAAGAAAGCAAUGAAAACAACGUUGACAAUGCAUAUAGUCGCCGUAGCAGCAGCUGCAGUAACUCCAGUUUGAAACAAACUCAACAGUCGAUUAAUUUGAAAUUGAAGCAUCAGUUUCAGCAUAAAACAAUUGUGGAUGCAAACGGCGAAAGGAAGCGUAAACGCCGAAAAGGCAUACGUCGUUCUGUAGGCGAAAAUUUACAAGAUGCCAGUGCUGUGCAAGAUAAUAAACAAUCACGCAUCAAACGUUUAAAAAUUGCAAUAAAUGGUAAGGUGACAACACAAAUGCAAUUUACCGGUAAUAGCAGUAAUAAUAGCAGUGAUGAAGAUAACGAGGCGCAACUGACGGAUAAUAAUGUUGGCAAUGAAGUUGUGCACAUUGACGAGUACAAUGAAAGUGCUCCUAUGGACGGAGUCGAAUUGGUGGAAAAUACGCCCUUAACUAGUCCAGGCAGCCAUAAUUCGACAUAUAAUCAAUGUAACGUGGCAAGUGGUGAUGAUGAGCUUUGCGCGAAUUCGCGUGAAAACAACUACAAUGAAGAACAAGAAAUGGAUUAUGAUUAUUAUGGCGAUGCAGAAAUUGAUGGUGAUGUAGAAUUCGAUGAAUAUGAGGACGUUGAUGAGUAUAGUGGUGAUUUUCACGAAGUCGUUACAAGAGAUAUAUCGGCGUCUUCAACGGGAAACAACCACAUAGUGCUAACUAUCAAGAAAACGCCUAGCAAAACCAAUUCACCCUCAAAUUCACUCUCCGCCAUGUCGCCAAACAACGCAAGCAGUCAAAUGUACGGCGCGCAAGUAGCUGCUGUAAAUAUAUCGCCCAUUGUAGCCAAGACAACUACGGUACAAUCUACUAACACGCUCGGCGAUGUAGACAUAAACGCACUAAUUGUAAAGAAGCUAGAGGUUUGCGAGACUAAAAAUAAUGCCGAAACAACAAAACAACUUUUAGACACAGUCAAACUAACGACAACUGAAGAAAUGCAGCCACAAUUACCAAACGAAGUUGAGUUGGUAGGCACGCAGUCAAAAUUCGUUAGUGUUAAAAGUUCGCCAAAAAACAGUUUGGAGCUUAGUGAUCCAGAAAAUUGCGGGUCAGCGCCAAUAACUAAUCGUGUACAGAGUGUAGGAAAUCGUAAACAACAACACAGAAGACGCAAGCUUAGGAAGUGUGCAACUAAAUAUGGCGCAUUAUCGGGCGAUAUCAAACUACAUCGUGACCUCUUUUUCCAACAUGAGGUCUUUGUGACUGAUGCCGCAGGGGUUAAGCAAAGCAUACUAAAUUUCAGCAGCUGUAGCUCAAGCUGUGCCGAUGACAGUGACUACGAUCACUGUAACGACUUAACAGAAGCAAGUGUCAAUUCCACAGAAAAGUUUGGUGCUGAAAUUGUUAAUAAAUUGGGUGAGCUUAAAAAGGAAUGUUACGCAACAGAAAUGUUUGAGGCGACACAACAGUGUAAACGUGCUUUGUCCGCAUCACCCUGUUCGACAUAUUCAAGUUGCUGUAAUGUGUCAAUAGAAAAUGGUGUGAUAACUGCAUGCGGUACCGAUAAUAAUGCCAGAGUUGAUUGCGCGGAUCUCAAAACUCAAAUUGGUGUUGUAGGAUGUGAUAUUGGCCCAGAUAUGCAUGUCGUUAAAACAGACGUUGUUGAGGACAACAAGGAAUUUGAGGUGCAUACUGUAAAUACGGUUAACUCAAAUACGAAUAGUAUUCCUACGCUUGCUGUUGCUACCGAUAAUAAUCUAGCAGAUAAUGUCAACGAAAAAUUGCCUUUUGAAAACAAUGGACUAUUGUACUCUUUUAACAAUAUUUAUUACACAAAAGAUAAGUUGGAGGCUCAAACCAAUCAUGCAACCAUGAACAAUGGUAUACUCUUGGAUGUGCGUAGCGGUCAAAUGCUUAGCGAUAUUGGGGACGCUGAUACUGCUGCAGUUUAUGCAGCAAAGGAACAGGAGCAAAUAAUGCUCCCAAAUAAAAAUUGUGAUGAUUAUAAUAACAUUUAUAAUAAAAACAUUAAUACCAUUAAUUUAAUUAGAUACUAUAUUAAUGACCCUAGUUUAAAAACUCAUGUUAAUAGUAAUAAACAAUGCGGUAAUUACAUGAACAUUGAUGACGCCGGCAAUGUGAAUACAGACGCUGCUGCACAUCUGCAAUACGCUGACAAUGAUAAUGAUAAUAAAGCUGGCAUCAAUGUUGGUUGUACUGCUAAUAUUGUACAGAAAGCUGAUAAUUCAGUUCAAAGGUUCAACAAUAGCGGCGCAAACGACGAAAAACCUAUAAUAGAACCAUCCGCAGAGACUCGUUGCACACAAGUUAUGGUGCCACACAAAGAAAAUCGCACUGGUCUGCGUGCUGUCGACGAAGAUGUAAAUGAUGAAGAUGGCAACAAUUGCGCGCGCAUUCAGCAAUUCAGAGAGUGGCAUCAAGUGCUACAAUUGCGUUCCUACAAUGAUGAAUUGCUUACUGUACUACCGUACGUAGUCCUUGAUUGAGUUCAAAUGAAGUUCACUCCCAUUUAAAGCAGUUUAUAUAAACUGCACUAUGUUUUACGGUCUGCGUUUGUUAAAUAUAAUAAUAUAUAUAAUAGAUAUGAUAAUAUAAUGAACUAUGGUAAUAUAAAUUAUAAUAAAAUAACUUGAAUUAUAAAAAAAAAUA